GACAUUUCGAGUUAGGCCUGUAACUUAGCUUAGUCAUACUUAAAAAAAAAAAACCUGUUAUCUUCCCAACCUAACAAUGUCGGAGGGAAACGAGGGGACCAGAGAAGAUGCUAGCCAGCUUUGUUCCUGCAUAGCAGCGAAAGUGGUCCAGACCACUCGUCAUUACCUGAUCCCAGCCCUCAGAACGGUUCUAUGUGUUCCUGUCACAUACGUGUUUCCAUGUGGAACAGCAAGGGCAAGGACGUCGGAUGCCAAGAAGGAUGGAGAGUUGUCCUUGGAGCAAGGAGAUCUGAGUGUUUCAGAUGAAAUGCUUUUGGCUUUCGACAAAAAAGUGGAUAAGAUUAUGCAAGAGUCUGUCCGUAUACUCAAUGGUGAACCUGUCUUAGUACAGGGACCCAUGUUGGCUGAACGUGCCAAAGCCUCUGGAAUAUACCUGUCCGUUCCUUUGCUGGAUCAGCUGACCGGCACUGAAUUUAAAAAUAGGGCAACCGAGAAAGUGAGUGAGGUUUUGCUCAGCACUCUUGACAGAGAUUCCUGUCACACCAAAGCAGAGAGCCAGACAGACCUCUUGGCUGUCAACAUGGAAGACUCUUCAUUGUCUCCUCCAAGUGCAUGUGAAGCCAUCAGCAAAGUGGUGGACACCGUUUUGAAUGGCAAAAGACUUGUUCCCAUCCCCAACCAACCGGAGAAAUUGAUCUCUGAAUCAAAAAUGAGGGUAUUCUCCCAUGACAUUGCGGAUCAAGUCCAAAAGAUCCUAAAAAGCUCUCAUGGCCUCCAGACUAUUUCUGUGCCAGUGGGGAAGAGUCUUUCAGACUCCAUUCUCUGCAAGUUACCGGCCAGAGCUGAGAGACAGAAUGAUGCUCCACCUGCAUUUAUUUACAGUUAUGUAGAGCAGGCUGUGAAGCAACUGGUGUCAUCGUGGUUGUUCCCUUCAGAAUCUUCUGAGGACCGAGAACGUUCCCAGCAGAACCCAGAGACCUCAACAUCCUCCUGUGUCCUCAACAUGAUCACAGAAGUGAUGGUCAAAGAGGUCAUGGUGACUCUCCCCACAGAGUUUGAGGGAAAUGUUGCUUCUGCCAACAGUGAUGACUUCAAGAAUGACUAUGCCUCCCUAGUCUCCAUGUUGGUCAUUCGGCUUCUGAAGAAAGUCGAUAGCUUACGCCCUUCCAUCGGCACCCGUCAGGACGGAGUUCCGGAUAAAGUUCUGGAUAUCUCCAGAGAACUGAUCCAGAAGAUUCUGUGUGAGCUUGACACACGUUUUGGUAUCACAAGUGAUGAAAGUCAUCCGCAGCAAGUGAAUUUUCACCUGAUGUACCGAAAUGUGUACAAGGAACUUACUAGAGAGUUUGGGUCUGAAGAUGUGCUGUGUUCUGCCCUGGAAUCGCAAGAUCCAUCUUUUGAGUCCUCCCUUGUGGAGAAAUUGACAGGAGAGAUCGGAAGGACUUGUAGCCAAACCCACUUAGCAGUGUCUGCAGCCCUCCCUCCAGUUCAAGCUGUAAAUGGGCUACAGGAAAAGACCAAAAAGAAGAUGACCCCAUCCUGGCUGAAGAUGCCAACAUUCAAUUGGAAGAAAUCAAAGAAUGGAGCACACAGUCGCCUUGACAAUGAGGGCUCUCUUGUUCCAAGCACAAGUUCCUCUCAGGUUCAGGCCAUGAAGACCGAGCUGAGGGAGACUCUGGCCGAGGUCACCAAGGCUCCUGAGUGUGCAGCCGGCCGUCUAGAGAUGGCUCAGGAGGAAGAGACCACAGGGUGCUGUUUCUUCAGGAUGCCCAAAUUCAAGUUCUCCUUCAAGGUAGAGUUCAGUUUUUGUAACGGGUCAGUGUAAUGUGUCUAUUAUGUGGACUAAUUGUGAUCUGACAGACAAGUGAGUGAGGGACAAAUCGGUUGAGACUGAUGUGAGUAUGCAGAUAUAAUAUUUCUUCAUUAAUCAACAUCUGAAUUUGAACUAAUCCUUCUCUUUCUUCAUCAGAAGAUAAUGAGAGGAGCUAAAGUUGGGCAUUACCACAACGUUACUUCAUUUGAAGAGCAGAACAGUAAUGUGCCAGCCUGUGAGACUCAGCUGAAGGAGGAGCCCUCUGCUGAGUUGGCUGCUUCUGAGGGUCUCACUAAGCAGGAUUAGAUUGCAUCUGGACUUGCCAACACA